CAGGUCCUUCUUUGACCACUCAGGAAAAGAGGGAACUAAUGCACAGGUAGGUCUGGUAAUGUAUAAUGCCAAUUCCAAUGCAGAUGUCCAACAUAUCCAUUGGACAGGAGAGGUGGAUUAUUUUUUAGGUGUGUUAUCAUCAUUAGUCUUCAAUGGAAAUAAUGGAAACCAACACACCAUGGUGCAAGGUCUUGGAGAGGCUCUAAUGUUGUUUCCAAGGCCGUCUGAUGUCAUGACAAAAGAAGAAUACUACAACGGUAGCAGACAUUGUAUUCUUAUAGCAUCCGGAGACCCUGUUCCUAGGAGAAUGUUAGUCUCUCUGCCACAGAUUGAUAAAGGAAGAAUUUUUGGCACACAGUUGCAUACUUUAAAUGUUGAUUUUUGUGAGGUGGCAGAAAUGUUUGGCCCGCUAGCAGUAUCCCUUUCAAUAAUAUCUGCAGUGCAACAUCCAAUUUUUGGAGUGAUAUUCAAUAUGGGAAAUAACGGUUCUCCAAUUGUAACCACUCCAAACUCUAUCAUUAGAAUUGGCGAGUUGAAUGUUCUAUUGGCAAGAAAUUUUAAGGAGGCACAUGAUGCCCUUGGUGGGAAAAGAAGAGUGGAUCCAGCCACAAAAGAGAGUGUAAAAUCAAUGAGGAUGACAAAUGAAGAAGUUGCUAACAUGAUUGAUCCAAGGGGUGCUUUACCAGCUGAUGACUCCAUGUUCAUUCAGUCAAGAGGAAACAUAGUUAAUACUGCACCAUCCUUAUCACGACCAGUUCUUCCAUAUGCUUGUACUAGUACUAGCAGCAGCACGCGUCCACAUCUUCCAUUCCUGGCAGCAGGCUUUGAUCCAUAUGGUAGACCUGUGUUUGGACCAACCACUGAGGGAACUUUGUUUGGAAAAAUACAAAGGAAUCGCACAAACACUCAGAGAGGAAAGGCCCUCAGAAGAGUAACAUCACCCCCUACGCUUACUUACGAGUGGUCUAGUAGGCUAGAGAUAUCCCUCUAUUUACCUAAGAAAACUAUCGACUAUAUGAUAACGAUUCAUUUUGGACCCAUAGAUUAUGUUUUCUUCGACAUAUUGCAUUUCAACAAUCUGGACUUGUAUGAACAUCUGACAAACAAAAACGUGAGUGCGAAAAUUAAUCUCCCUUCUCAGAUUCUGAUCAUAUCUCCAACCAAAAACAGACACUACUACAUAGGAACAAUCUUUCCCUCGGAUACUACAUUUAUUCAGAAGAUCCGAGCUUGCAAAUGACUUUCAAGAGAAGAUAAAACUGCAAUUUAUAGGCGCUGUUGUGGAUUUAUCAACGAUAUAGCAGUUUUUAACAGUUUAGGCACUGUAAAUUAGUGUUAUCUUUUAUUGUUUCAGUUUGUUAAGUUCCUAUAUAGAAACUGUGCG